UUUAAACGAGGGGCAAAUCCGUGAAUUCCGAGAAAGAGUAAAGAGCGAGAUAAUCCCGGCCGUGUUCCUCGCGGGCAGCAGCAACCCGACACCCCGCCCGCUACCAUCUGUCCACAUUCAAAUCUCCUCUGCGCCUCCCUCAUCAAACACCCCAUAUUCUCCUCGUCCUCGUCGAUAUCCCCCCAAAUUUUCACGAGCUCCAUCUGCCCAGCCCCUCCCCCAAAAUCAGGCUCCGCCUCGCGCAGCCCCAGAUCGCGUCCGGCCGGCGAUGGCGGGGACGGAGGCCGUGGAGCAGGCGCACGAGCUCUACAGGGGCGGCCGCCACCGGGAGGCGCUCCAGCUCUACACGGCGGCGCUGGCGGCGGCGCGGGGCCCCGCGCAGCGCAUCGCCCUCCACAGCAACCGCGCCGCCUGCUACCUCAAGCUCCACGACUUCCACAAGGCUGCCGAAGAGUGCACAUCUGUCCUUGAGUUGGAUACUGAGCAUGCUGGUGCUCUUAUGCUACGUGCCCAAACUCUUGUCACUCUAAAAGAUUACCAGUCGGCUCUGUUUGAUGUGAACAGGCUAAUUGAAAUUAAUCCGUCAUCCGAGGUAUAUCGGAACCUUCAUGCACGACUCAAGACACAGCUGUCACUAGCUCCGAUUCCAGAAUCUGAAGAGGAGUCGCUAUAUACUGAAGAAGACAAAGAAGAUCUGCCUCUAAAAGAAGAUAAAAUGAGUGAAACUCUUGUCGCCAUGUCUGAUCAACCUGCCGCUGAACUGAUUCCCGAAAUGAAACCUGCAAGCGAACUUCCAAAGGUUGAGGUGCCUCCCAGUCUGCCAUCAAAAUCCCAGGGCUGGGAGACUGUCCAAAAACCAAAGGGCCAUUCAGGACUUGACUACUCGAAAUGGGACAAAGUUGAAGACGAUUCAAGUGAAGAUGAUGAGGAUGAUGAUGAAGAUGAGGUGCCCCAGUAUAAAUUCAAAGUCAGGACCAUCGGUGUGCGUUCUGUGAAGUGAUGGGAUUACCAAUCAAUAAAUUUACUCUGUGGUCUGUGGAUAGCCGUUUGACAGCAUCCCUACUAACAGAGCUCCAACUUGUUCUUAACAUCUCGGAAUACUUGGAUGAACAAGUGUUACCGGUCGGUAUUUGCUUAACUGGGACUCGAUGGAGAAUGAUAACAGAAGUGCCCACUGCUCUCAUCUUGUGAGCGGGAGCUCAGGUUCCAGGAUUUCGGACCUUGUCAGGGAAAUCACCGAGUCUGUGGAGCACUAUCAUGUUCGAGGCAGUGGGGGGGAAAGAGCACAGCACGCCGAUAUUGUACAAACCCCUUUUAGAUCCAGGCUAACAAUCUUAGUGCAGUGUUCAUCUUCGUAGAAUCCUAUAGUCUAGCCACCAGUGUAUAAACAUUGAGCAUCCAUGUAUAUGAAGCUUUAUUUGUGUUGCCCCGAGUCCGCGGCAUUGUUUCAUUAUUUAUAUCAGCGAAAUUUGGUGUU